AUGAAGGACUUGGAGCGACAGGUGAAGGAGGCUGGAACAAAUACUCAGGAGCAGAAACCCAAAUUCGCUGCCUGCUUUGAUUUAUGCUGCAGCCACAUCUGCCAGCCACGAGGACGCUGGCAAAAUGUCCUCUUCCGCCGGAUCACUGCUCUGCUGGAGCGAAGGAUCCAACGUCUGGAGGCCGAGCUGGAGAAUCACGAUGAGGAAGCCAAACGCAGCCUCCAGGUUAUGGAGCAGCAGUUUCACAGAGUCAAGCUCCGCUAUGAGCAGCAGAUCUGUGAGCUGGAGCAGCAGCUGCAGCGUAAGCAGCAGCUUGAAGCAGCAGCUGGGUCCCAGUCACCAGUAGUCCAGGCUCUGGAGGAAGAGCUGUACCGUGUGAAGCAGAGCCACAAACAGAAGGAGAAAUCUCUGCAUGAGCAGAUCGAGUCUCUCCAGCAGCAGCUUAAACAGAAGGCCCUGCUGAGUCCCGGCCGGCACCAGCGCCAAGCCGAGGCAGCAUUUGGUGUGCGGCUUGAGCGGCUGAAUCAAGAGCUCGCUAAAAAGACACGGACCAUUCAGGAACUGAAGAAGGAACGGAGGAACAUGCCGUCUGCCCCCAACACACGAGCAGAAAGACGAUCCACUGAGAGCAAACACCAACAACCAGGUCUCCUCACUGCAGGAGGAGAAACAUUCCCAGCUGCUCCGUGUGAGAAGACCUAUCAGCCCACCGUAUUCACAGGGAGUCAUAUCUCUGAGGUUCUGCAGGAGAACGAAGCUUUAAAAAAGCAGGUGGAGCUUGUGCUCCUGCAGAGCGAGCAGGAGAAGGAAGCUCUGAAGGCUGAUGCUGCACAGGCCAAGCAGCAGCUGUGCAGGCUGACAGAGGAGUUUGAAGAGCAGCUAUCCACUACGAAGGCAGAACACUUUAGAGUGUUGGACCACCUGCGGGCCACCCAUGCACUCGAACACUCAGACUCUAAGGUUGCAGAACUGACUAAUAAGCUGAGCACUCAAGAGAUAAUGAUGAAUCAUCUGGACAAGCAGCUGAAAGAAACGCAGGGGUGCAAAGAAGCACUGAAAAUAUCCAGGAGGAGAGAGGAUGCUCUGCAGACGCAGCUAACCAAACUGCUGCAGGAGCUGAAGGAAGCUAAAGAAGCUUCAAGCUCAGAGGUGAAACUCCUGUGCACCUUGGAGAGGAAGAUACUGAACAUGGAGCUCAGACACCAGCACAGAGAGAAGGAGCUGCAGCAGGUACCAGUGAGGGCCCAACUAGCUGACAGAAACUGGAACCCAGAACCUGAUACGCCAGGUGAUGAUUUGCAGUCUGAGCUGGAGCACUGGAGACGUCUGGCUCAGGACAAGAGCAGGGAGAUGGAUGCUUUCCGCCUUGAGCUCGACGCCAUCCUGGACAUCCUGAGACAUCUGCAACGACAGGGAGCGGUUCUGCCGACUCCUGAGCUCGCCAUUCCACAGAGGAGUUAA